AUGUUCACAUGCUGGACAUCUGUUACGAUUUAUGGUCACUUAAUUAGUGGUAAGAUAUUUGGUUACUAUUACAUGAUCAUGUGCUUGGCAGAGGCUCUUGGCUUUGCUCAAAAAGGAAUCCUAGAUAACGAACAACCAAACAGGACUAGGAUUUCCAAAUCGUACAGUGUUUCCUUUAUAAUUAUAAAUACCCUUGAUUUGGCCUUUCAUACUAUCUCAAAUCUCUGGUUUUUUCACUGUUUGGAUUCAUCUGCUUUCUGUUCUGUUUUCUUCCCUGCUUCUGUUUUGAUGGCUGCGGCAAAGUCAUGUCCAUUGCCAUCCUACACGCCACAAGAAGUGGCUGCUGUCUUCGUGGACCGCUACUAUUUUUUGCUCCGUGAUUCUCCAGGAGAGCUUCACAAGUUUUAUCUGGAUUCAAGCAUGGUGAGUCGGCUGGGACCUGAUGGUGCAAUGAUUAGCUUCACAACCAUGGAAGAAAUCAGGAAACAUGUUCUUUCUUCCUUGGAUUGCAAGGAAUAUGAAAUUCUUUCUUCUGAUGCACAACUUACAGCAAACGAGGGAGUGUUUGUUGUGGUUAUCGGUUGCUUCACUACAAAGAAUAAUCAGAUGAGGAACUUCAAUCAAUCCUUCCUCCUCACCCCAAUGGAAAGAGCCAAUAGUUACUUUGUCUUAAAUGAUAUUAUGAGAUUUCUUGAUGAGCAAGAAACAAAAGUUGUUCAUAGUGAAGAUGUCCUAACUGCUGUUUCAACUUCAACAUCGGAUGAUGAGCCAACCAAUGAUGUUCCUAAAAAAAGUUUUCUGUCGGUGGUGCAUGCACUGAAAGAAAACACUGCUCCCUUUAAGGCGCCUCCGGUAAGAAAAUCAAUUAGCAGAGCACCUCAAGAGUCUAAUUUUGAUGAAAAAAGUGGCUCGGAAGAGAAGAAGAACACCAGGACUGUGGACAAUGUUGAGGGAACAUCUAUAUUUGUCGGUAACUUGGCAACGGAUUCAAAGCCUGAAGAACUCUAUGAGGCUUUCAAGAGUUUUGGACCAAUUAAACGUAAUGGGGUUCAAAUUAGAACUGAUAAACAGCACAGAUGGUAUGCUUUCAUUCAAUUUGAGUCUUUUUGUUCUGCACAAAGUGCAAUCCAAGCUUCUUUUAUCAGAAUUGGCGACCGAAGACUGAAUAUCAAAGAGAAGAAACGCAAUGACUCCGGAAAUUCCAAGUUUUCUCGAGACUCCCUAAAUGGCAAUGGCAAUGGCAAUGGCAAUGGCCAUGACAAUUUUAGGAAUUUUACUUGGCGCAAUGGACCUGCUAAUUGA